AUGAGCAGUGACAUGUACGAUGCUGGCUACCACUCCAUCACCAACAUAGACUACUCCUCUGUGUGCAUCGACACCAUGAGUGCCAGGCAUGAUGCCACAUGCCCGGGCAUGACCUGGCACCAGAUGGACGCGCGCCAGCUCUCCUUCACGGACGCCUCAUACGACGUGGUCCUGGAGAAGGGCACCCUGGACGCCAUGCUGGUGGAAGAGAAGGACCCUUGGAAGGUGUCCUCGGAGACUGCCUGUCUCAUUGACCAGGUACUCAGGGAGAUCAGUCGUGUUUUAAAACCGGGUGGUCGUUUCCUGUCUGUAACCUUCGCCCAGCCUCACUUCAGGAAGCGCCUCUAUGCUCGCCAUGACUACUGCUGGUCUGUACGUACCCGUAGCUACGGAGACGGCUUCCAAUACUUCCUGUAUGUGCUGACCAAAGGGGAGGAGCUUAGUCCAGAGGAUGCCACUCUGGAGAGAAGGUUAUUGGAGGAGGCCCAAGAUCCGCCCAAUGCGGUCAGGACCCAGGAAGCAGACACUGAGUCCUUCCUGUAUAGUAUUGACCUAUAG